UCUUCUACCCAGGACCACCAUCUAGCCAACAUGACGACGCGACAAGCCGCUCUGUCGCUAUACCGUCGCUCAUUGAAGCUUGCGCUGGACUGGGCCGUCCACCGUCACCUAUGGCGAGGCCAGGCGCUCUACAUCCGAUCCCUCUUUGAAGCCAACAGGAAGGUCACCGACCCUCGCCAGCAGAGAGCUCUGUUAGCGGAGACGGAAAAGUUGCUCGAAAGCUGGAAGCACCCCGACCCAUACGUUCCGCCAUGCGCGCCCGGAGGAUCCAAAUUUGAGCGGAAUCUGCCAUCUCCGAUUUUAGACCCCCCUCCUCACCACGCAAACCAAAACCAUCAUUGAAGGCUGCGCGUGCGACGAAAAUUAGAUUCCGAGUAUAUAUCAAUCAAAAAAAUAUCAAUACAUUUCUUC